GCCAAGCAACGACGUCGACCGGAAAAGUUUGAGUUCUCACAAAUUCAGAGUUUAAUGUUUAGUUCGUGUUUCUGAAGAAGUGACAAUGCCUGUCUAUAGUGUGCCGCUUCGGGAUGCGUCCAUUCCGUAUCGUUUUCUUCAGCAGUAUCUAUUUCUUCUGAAGAAAUAUCCCAUUUUGACUAAAUCUGUAACAAGUGGCAUCCUCUCAGCCUUAGGAAAUCUUCUUUCUCAGAUUUUGGAGGCAAGAAAAAAGUCAAAAAAUGAUGCCGUCAAAGAGAUUGACCUGGCAGGAGCUGCACGCUAUGCCAUUUAUGGUUUGUUAAUUACCGGACCAGUCAGCCAUUACUUUUACCAGCUGAUGGAGGUGUGGAUGCCCGGUACAGAGCCAUACUGUGCGCUCAAACGCCUGCUAUUGGACCGCCUUGUUUUUGCCCCUGGCUUCCUGCUGCUUUUCUACUUUGUUAUGACCAUCCUGGAGGCAAAAGGGCUGGAUGACUUUAUGAAGAAGAUUCAAAGGAGUUAUUGGACCGCUCUGAAGAUGAAUUGGAAAGUUUGGACACCGUUCCAGUUCAUCAAUGUCAACUUUGUGCCUGUUCAGUUCCGAGUGCUAUUUGCCAACAUGAUCGCCUUAUUUUGGUACGCCUACCUCGCAUCAGUGAGGAAAUGAAGCAUCCCAAGAUUUCAACUCAGGGAAAAAAAACAAGGGACUGCGAGUGGGAGAAAAAUGAGAUCAUCUUUAUUAAUGUUGACAAUAAUGUACACUGUCAAUGACUUUAACACUGUGAUUAAACAUUUGGAAUACUUGA